AUGUCUUCUUGCAUAACUGUCAUGCUGCCGGGUCAUGAGCAACGAGAAACCUCAAGCUCCAGCGAUCUUGGCGCUCUUCAGCGGAUGGACCUAGAUCUACAGGGCGAAGUUAUCUUUGGACGCCUCCUUCAUCUGGCGAAAGGAGCUAUGAGUACAGAUCCGAUGGAGAAGUGGGUCGACGUCUCUGAUCUGGACGGCUUCAAUCUGGGCUACGUCACUUCACCGGCCUCUUUUCGGAAGAUAUCGUGA